AUGCAUACUUACCAGGAAUGGGGGAAGCUAGAAUCGAGGAAGGAACUUAGAUCAAGGAAUUGGAAUCGGAGCAACUACUCCUCCCUAGUUGAUCUCAUUCCUGAUUUUAAGGUUUUGGCAAAGGGAGGCAGCAAGCUUGAGGCAACAAUUGCAGUACUUACAAGAAUGCCACAGUUUGCUUAUUCAAAAGGUUAUCAUCCUAAUUUAGGCUUCAUCCAACUAUCAAAGAUAAAGCCCACAAAACCUAUUGACAUUGAAGAAGAGUUGAUGGGUGAAGAACUUUCUGGUUUGAGUGCCAAAGAUCUACAGAGCCUGGAAAACCAACUGGAGACAAGUUUGAAAGGUGUCCGGAUGAAAAAGGACCAGAUAUUAAAUGAUGAAAUAAAAGAACUGAACCAGAAGGGAAAUCUCAUAGAGCAAGAGAAUAUGGAACUGUAUAAGAAGCUAGACCUCGUAGGUAAAGAGAAUACGGAACUGCUACAGAAGGUUUAUGGAGCAAGGGGUGUGAAUAAAGAAAACAAAAGUUCCCAACCUCCAUAUACCAUCACUAAUGGAUAUGAUUUGCAAACACCCAUCCAUCUGCAGCUAAGCCAGCCACAGAAUCAAACUCAGCCUCGGCCUCAGCACAAUGAAAUACCAGCAAAAGGAAUCAAAUUAGGGUGUGGGUGGCUAUCUGUCAUUAUGCAGUCAACUUGCACCACAGUGAAAAGCAAUCUUCUAGGAGUGAGAUGUCAUACUUACAGUAAAUGCAUCCAGCAGAGGUACCAGCAGCUUUGGUAUGAAAUGUUCCAUGAAACAAACUUUAGAAUCUGUGAUAGAAAUAGACAAACCAAUUAG